AUGGCUGAAAAUAAUACUCCUGCUAGUAACACUGAAUCAAAUAAUAGUGCACAAAAUUCAAAAAAACCACCAUUCAACUGGCCAGUAAAUAUUACAAAUACAAAAACAAAAAGUGAAAAUAUUAAAGACGUACAAAUUCGUUGUGUAUUUAUGCGAGUUGGUGAAAUCGAUACAUUAAAUGAGCGUUAUUAUGCUGAAAUACUUUUUGAAGCUUCUUGGGAAGAACCGAAACUCAAAGGUCUACAAAAGAAACCUUUUGAUCCAACAGUCUAUUGGACGCCACAACUUGAAUUGGUGAAUGGCAUUGGUGAACUUCACGAUACGAUAAUGUACAGUGUUCGUCAUGAUCGUCUAGGUGUCGCUACAGUGACUGAGCAUCAUAAAUUAAAAGGCACAUUGUGGGAACGAAUGGAAUUGCAAUAUUUUCCACUUGAUGUUCAAGACUUAUCAAUUUCAAUUACAACAUCACAUUCAAGCAAAGAAAUGGUCUUUCUGAAGAAUUUUCAUAAACCAUCAGGAGCAAAUCGACGAGUUUUUACUGAUGAACAGGAGUGGUACCUUUUCGAACAUGUAGAUAUUGAAAUAACAGAGCGAAUCGAAGAAUAUGUUGAGGAUGGAAACAAUCAUUCAGUAGUUAUUUGCUCUUGCCAUGCAGCACGGUAA